GUUGCCUCUCACUACGACGGCGCCCCCAGCUAACUAAACUCGCCUGGCAGCCGACCAAAUAAAGCCGGGGAAGCUCCCCACGCCCUAAGCCGAAGACGCCCGGCAUAGUAAUAAAGCGUGCAUGUCCCACCUCUGACGCCUGCAUCAUCGCUUCGUGGCUGUUUCUCUUUCUUCAAAAGUCCAUCUGCUGUGUAUUUUCGUUUCUUCCAGCACAUACAGACCCCAGCCUACGACAUCAUGCCCUUCACUCAGAUUCGAUCGGCCGGGCUCCCUAGCCACAUCGCCAAGCAUGUGAUGGCAGCCCGCCGCUUUUCCACAGCUCCCGUCUUGCGCAAGGAGAUCCAGGACGCUUAUAUCCUCAGUGCUGCUAGAACACCCACUGCCAAGUUCAACGGAUCCUUCCUCAACGUUUCCGCUCCCGAGCUCGGCGCCACGGCGAUCAAGGCUGCUCUGGAGAAGUCCAAGGUCCCCGUGGAGAAGAUUACCGAUGUAUAUAUGGGCAAUGUCAUUGCUGGUUCGAUUGGCCAAGCCCCCGCUCGCCAGGCUUCCGUGUUCGCCGGCCUCCCCAAGACCGUCGAAGCCAUCACUAUCAACAAGGUCUGCUCUUCUGGUCUCAAGGCUGUCGCCUUUGCCGCUCAGAACAUCCAGCUUGGUCUCUCUGAGGCUCAGAUUGCCGGUGGCAUGGAGAACAUGUCGCGCGUUCCUUAUUACGUUAACCGCUCCAGCAGCCUUCCCGCCUUUGGCCACGCCAAGCUUGAGGAUGGUCUGAUCAAGGACGGUCUGACUGAUGUCUACGACCAGGUCCACAUGGGCAACUGCUGCGAAAACACUGUCAAGAAGCACAACAUCACCAGAGAGCAGCAGGAUGAGUACGCUAUCCAGUCUUACCGCAACGCCCAGAAGGCUUGGGCCGACAAGGCCUUUGCCGACGAAAUCGCCCCCGUUACCGUCAAGUCUCGCAAGGGCGAGGUUGUCAUCGAUACCGACGAGGGUUUCAUGGACGUCAAGUUUGACAAGGUCCCUACUCUCAAGCCCGCCUUUGUCCGCGACGGCACCGGCACAGUCACUGCCGCCAACUCUUCCACCCUCAACGACGGUGCUUCCGCUCUCGUCCUCGCCAGCAAGGCUAUUGCUCAGCAGUACGGCAAGGAUUCCCGCGUUCUUGCCAAGAUUUGCAGCUACGCUGAUGCUGCCAUGGACCCCAUUGACUUCCCCAUUGCCCCCGCCAAGGCUGUCCCCAUUGCUCUUGAGCGCGCCGGCAUCACCAAGGACCAGGUUGCCAUCUGGGAGUUCAACGAGGCCUUUGCCGGUGUCAUCCUCGCCAACGCAAAGAUCCUCGGUCUUGAGAACGCCAAGGUCAACCCUCUGGGUGGUGCCAUCUCCCUCGGCCACGCCCUGGGCAGCUCUGGAUCUCGUAUCCUUACCACUCUCCUGCACCAGCUGAAGCCUGGAGAGUACGGUGUUGCUGCCAUCUGCAACGGUGGUGGCGCUGCCUCGGCCAUGGUCGUCCAGCGUGUCGAAUCUGUAUAAUUAGCAAACUGGUAGCGAAAAAAAGAUGUGAUGAAAAUAGUCGUUAUGUAACCAAGGCAUGAUUUUUAGCAUUAGAUAUCCUAGCCGAAGAAAAUACACAAACAAAUGUUAAAACUCACCGAUCUCCGCU